CUUCCUUCCAGCCUUCGGCAGCCAGCUUGGUCGCAUGUAUGCAUGCUGGCGCUUGAGUGUUGUCACCGUGCCCAUUUCAUUGCCCUUCUCACCUAUGCUAAGCUCUAGUGGGACGGGUAGAACGGGUGUCUGGCGCCUCCGAACUCCGACAUGCGCAAGUGCGGGGUUGGUGUUGGUGUCCAAGGGCCAAACCAUCCGCCAAGCGGGAGCCUACCUAAGCUUCAGUGCUUCGCCGUACGUAAUUGCAUUCGACGUUGCAGCUAUCGGCAAGCCUUUCGGUGACCCUGGUUUUCACUCAGCCCACUGCCCGCUGCCACUGCUGCCUGCACGGUUUUCGGCCAAACUGCCACCGCGGAUCGGUCGUUGACUCGGUAACGGUAGGUAUGAUCUAGAGAGGGGCAGCAAUUCACGAGGAUGCCGUAUCUAGCCUUAUGUAUGGAGCACACAGCUCGUAGCCGAUCUUUAUCACG